AGUACCUGAUUGUGAUUUUGAAAUUCUUUGCCCGCGCACGACAGUCGUCUACGGCGCAUCACUCCGACAGGGUACCCCCCAUCGACAGCACGAUCGUACGGUUUAAAGCGCAACAUAUUUUCAAACAGAUUGCCAUUCCGCUUAUCAGUGAAGUGCAGUUGUGGCGCGUGCGGCCGAUCUGAGUGCUAGCACAAUCGUAAGAAAAAGGAAACAAAACGAACUCGAGGCGGCGAUCAGUCGACUUGAAUUAAGUACUGAUCCAAAAAAUUAAUCAACAAGUCAAAAGGUCACUCGAACCUUGUGGCCGAACGUACGGGCUUGCAAAGUGAUCCCAAGUGGCCAAGGCUGUGCAGUGAAAAGAAGAAAACAAUAGGAAACCAUUGUGAUACCACAAAAGGUCAAUCAGCGUACGAUCAGCAUCCGUAUCGACAGGGCAGCGAGCGGCAUUCGUGAACAACUGUGGCAGGUCCGGUCCUGCUUCGUACGCGAUCCCUGGCGGUCCUGCGGCGUCCUGAGUUCCGCACAUCAACAUGUGCAAGGAGCGACUGUGCUAUUCCGAUGAUAACUUUGCACGGCUGGCGUAAGGAGCUGCCAUUGGAACCUCCUUAGCCUGCGAUCCUCAGCUUCGUCAGUGCGAUCCUCGUAGUUCGCGUAGCAGUAGUACAUAAGAGUUCGAUCAGGAAGCGUGCGUGUGGCACUGGGCGCGCGAGCGAUCAUCCUACCCAUCCAACCGGUCGCAUCGGUCCAACGAUCAGGUGGUAGAUGGUAGUGAUUCGUUCUGGAUCCGUUUGCGUUUUUUUUAUGUAAAAAAUUUCACCACGGUCACCGGCACCGGUUCACCGGUAAUCCGUCUGCGCCAUCCUUCCGUGGCGAUCGUGCCUGUUCUAUGGGAUAUUAGCGAUAGCGGUCGGUUGCUUCUGGGUGGCGUACUACACAGUGUCCUAGGCGUUCAACUUUGUCACCAUGUUCCAGGCUGCGCGCUCCGUUGCCGCCAGCAGCUCAGCCCGUCUCCAAGGUCCGCUGGUGUGGAAUCGAAAGACCGCGGACGGUGGUGGUGACUGGUAUGAUGUCGAAGCCGGUGGUGCGGAGAACGAACGGACGCCAUUGUUGCUACUCAGUGGCCGGAGCCGGAAUGCCCAGCUGAACGAGCGCCAUCCGGUGAGCAAACAGCGACGCACCCAGGAUCCCAACAAGGUACAUCCGGUCGCCCUGCUGUUGAUGCUCGCCCUACUGGCCAUCCUGAUGCUGGGCAUCGUGAUCGGUGCCUACUUGCUAGUGCUGCAGAUCGAUCGUCCGUGGCCAGUAUCGCAUCCGUUCUUUCUCGUCGAGCGCCCGGCCUGGUGGUACCACUCGAAGGAACUGCAGACGGCUGCCCUCGAUCGUGCAGCCGUGAAGGAAGUGAUCGUACUGCACACACGUACCGGGAGCUGCUUCGGUGAGGAAGAAUGCCUCCGUUUCUUGCAGCAAACGGAGGAUAAAUCCUGGGCCGAGCAGAACGAUCACAUCCCAUACAAUUUCCUUAUCGGUGGCGACGGUAUCACGUAUGAGGCGCGCGGUUGGAAGUACCAGCACGGCUUCCAGGAUCUUCCCGGCAAAAACUGUAGCCUGGUGGUGGGCAUGAUCGGGGACUUUAGCCAGCGGCACCCGACGGAUAUGCAGUAUGCCGAGCUGAAGGCAUUCCUUACCGAAUCCAUCCGUCGGUUCAGCCUCUCACCGCACUAUAAGCUGCGCGGUAUCGCCAAUGGAACGCAGUCGACCCAGGACGCCACUACACUGUACCACCAGCUGCAACGUUGGCCUCACUGGGGGGGUCUGGUGGCGGUUUAAACUGCCCACCCGGUACCGGAUCCCAUCGGAUUGAACCUUCCUGAAAACUUUCCAGUCAAACACCCCUCCAGUAAAAUUUUGAUUCAUUUUUAGGUUUUUUUUCUUUUUUAUUUAUCACUAACUUGUUGACCUUACACUCUCGGUUAAUUGCUAAAAAUCAUUUCAAAGUAUUACACAGUUAGGAAGGUAGCGCGCGUUUUGUGGAACCGCGCGUGUAACGGUGCUAAAA